AUGUCAGAAAUUGUUGUUUCGAAAGGUGGCAAAGCUACGUUUGUAUGCGAGCUCCCAGACUCGUCCUACAGCGGCCAUUGGUACCAGAACAACAAACAACUGAGCGAUGGAUCAAAAUACGAGAUCAGCGUAUCAGGCGGGGAGCAAACUCUGGUUAUUUUGAGCACGCUUAAAUCUGACGAAGGCAGCAUCGUGUUUAAGGCAAAGAAAGGAAAUGUAGAAGUUCCCUUUCAACUUACCGUGACAGAGCCUCCUUCUAUUGACCCAGAAGAGUUCAAACAAUCUGCUCAAUCUUUACAGAACCUUAAGACAGGUACUCCUAUGGUUCUACGUGUUCCCUUUUCUGGGGCUUCCCCCAUUAAAGCCUCAUGGACGUUUAAUGGAAAGAACAUUUCAUCGAGCGGUCGAUACAAGAUUGUCACUACAUCAAGUGAAUCAACUCUGACAGUCGACAACUUGCAGGGCGAAGACUGUGGAACAUAUGAGGUCACCCUCGAAAACAAGUUUGGGAACAUGAGGGUUCCAGUUGAAGUCACUUUAUCCGAUGUUUCACAAGUGAAUUUCGAAACUGUUCAAGUUCCAGGAAAAACUGUUCAAAAGUCGAGCACUAUGACUGUUGAAUCUGAAAGUGUUGAAGCUCCACCCAAACCAGCUGGAAACAUCAAGUUUGACAAUAUGGCAGCAAAUCACUUCAAGUUGUCGUUUGUAACAACUGCCCAAGCAAAUGGGAAUCUGCAUUACAUUGUAGAGCAAAGCAGUGGGAAUGGUUGGACACAGUGUGCAACAUUCCAACCUGGUGAAAAGAGCAUCCCAAUAACUGGGUUAGAAGCGGGGAAGCGAUACACUUUCCGCAUCAAGGCUGCGAAUCCUGCUGGUGAAAGUGAGGGGUUGGAGUCGCGUAGUGUCACGGUACAAAAACCUUCCAACCCACCAGUGUUGGACGCUGCUGUGGUAGGGAAACUGAGCGGAGACCAACAUUUGAAGGCUGGGAAAGAACUGAGGUUGAAGAUCCCAUACACUGGUUUCCCGCUCCCAAUUGCUCAGUGGACCAAGGAUGGGAAGAAGAUGGCAACCAAAGGAAGAGUUGCAGCCGAGACAAGCGACGUGGACACUACUUUCUCCAUCAGUGGACUCACUGCAGAAGACAGUGGAGAAUAUGGGUUGCUACUGAAGAAUAAAGAAGGAAACGCAAAACUCAACUUUAAUGUUGUGAUUAUUGAUGCUCCAAGUGCUCCUGCCGGUCCCAUCGUAAUGGAUGAAGUUAUGAGCACGGAGAUGACUUUCUCAUGGAAUCCUCCCAAGUCAGAUGGUGGGAAACCAGUCCAGGGUUACGUGAUUGAGAGGAAAGAUACAAAGUCACCAACAUGGACGCAAGUUGGAAAGGUUGAUCCCAACACCUUGUCAUUCACCAGUGAUGGGUUGACCAAGGGUUUGAAAUAUUCCUACAGGAUCAAGGCUUAUAAUUCAGAAGGAGAAAGCAAACCACUGUUGUCACCCCUUGUGCUGGCCAGUGGACCCCCUGGAGCCCCCGGCGUCCCCACACCCACCACUGUAAGAUCUACAAGCAUUGGAAUCAAGUGGGAUGAACCAAGUAAUGAUGGGGGAAGCUCUGUCACCGGGUAUUCUGUUGAGAUGAGAGAAGUUGGUGGGGAUUGGAGCCCGGUUACAAGUUCUCAUAUUAAAGGAACAACAGCCCAGUUAGACAACCUCGUGCCAGAGAAUGAAUAUGAGUUCCGUGUUUCUGCCAAGAACUCAACUGGGAAAGGAAGAUGGGCUGAAACCAAGAAGCCAAUCACUGCAAUGGAUGCUCCAGAGCCUCCAGUUAUAUCUGAAGCCGCGAAACAAAGUUUCUCAGAGCCAGUAAGUUGCCACGCUGGUGAAGACGUCAGUCUUAAAGUACCGGUUUCGGGGAUUCCCCGUCCAACAGCUACAUGGAGCCUGAAAGGCAAACCAAUUAAAGAUCCAAGAAUCGAAGGCAAAGUAAACAAGGAAGGGGCGGAGUUAAAAAUUGCCGACGCAAAACGUGGAGAUUCUGGCGUCUACCAUGUUAAGGUUGAGAAUAGUGAGGGUGAAGUGGAAGCUGAUAUAACUGUCAAGAUAACUGACGUACCAUCAACACCAGAAGGCCCGAUGAAGACGGUCAAGGCUUCGUCUAAAGCGCUUACUGUUGGAUGGGCGCCACCAAGUGACGAUGGAGGAAUGCAUAUUACGCAAUAUCUCGUCGAACGUAAAACUUGUGGGGAUGAGUUAGAAGAAUGGUCAAGGAUUGGCAAAGUAUUUCCUGGUGAAGAUUUAAAGAUGACAUCCGACCAUGUUGACAAGGGAACAUCAUACAAGUUUCGCGUCAGUGCACAGAAUGCUUUGGGUUCAAGUCCCUUUCUUGAAUCAGCGGAAAUAUUGGCUGAUGAUAAAUUCAAACCUCCUUCUGCUGUGGCUGCCCCAGUUGUUAGUGACAUCACAAAGUCAUCUUGUGUUGUCACAUGGGAUGAACCAGAUGAUAAUGGAAGUCCAAUCUCUGGCUACAUUGUUGAGCUAAAACGGAUAGGGCGUAGGAACUGGGUCCCACAGAAUGGAGGUCGACCUGUAAUGGACAAGACCUUGAAGGUCAAGGAUCUAACAAAAGAUUGCGAAUUUGCGUUCCGUGUAACGGCUGAGAAUGAAGGGGGAAUGGGGCCUGCAGGCAAAGAAAGUGAAGUUUUCACAGCAAAAGAUCCAAUUCGCAUUUACCAGUUAUGGAAUUAA